CAGAAUCCUCGAGGGUUUCCUUGCUCCAGACCAGAGCCACAUCUUCAGAUGAGAGCUCGGUCGAUACUAGUGAGAUCUUCACUGAUCUCAAGGAGAAGUGGGAUGCAGUGGAGAACAAGUCCACCGUGCUUGUCUAUGGAGGCGGGGCAAUAGUUGUUGUUUGGCUGUCAUCCAUUCUCGUAGGUGCCAUCAAUUCGGUGCC